UCCCGUCCCACUCGCCUCCCCCUCCUCGUCGCCCUCCUCUCUCUUUCUCUCUCGCUAACCCCUCUCUCUCCCCAUCGCGCCGGCCGGUUCCGGUCAGCUCUGGCCCGCGCGUCUCCCCCGCGACCCCCGCCUCCUCUCCUGCCGCCGCCGCCGGAGAAGCUCGCCGCCGAUGCCGGUGACCUAGCCCGCGCAUCUUCCCCGCGACCCCCGCCUCCUCUCCUGCCGCCGCCGCCGCCGGAGAAGCUCGCCUCCGCGCCCACAAGCCUCGGAUUCGGCGGGAUCCGGGACGAGGAGGGGUGGAUGAGACGGGGGAGGAGGAGGAGGAGAGAGUGGGGGCGUCUAGGGAGGAAUAUCCCCGCCGCCUCCUCCGCUCCUGCCUCCACAAGUCAGGGGGAUGGGGCUGCUCGGGCUUAGCCUGUGGGCAGCGAUGGAGGAGAAGGGCCGGGCAGGUGCGCGCAGGCGGGAGAAGCUGGGGGCGCUCGUCGGUUGGGGAGAUGGCGACCACCUGAGCUUCUCCGAUUGACCUAGACAGGGCCACGACAGCAUAAGCAAGGGGUGGGGGCGAGCAACCCUCUGAAGCCACGCAUGUCUACAGAAGAAGAAUUUUGAGAAUGAGAUUGAUAAAGAUGAACAAGGAAGUAACGGUCAAGGAAGAAGAGUUAGAUGCUACUGAAGAUGUCGAUGGUAAACAUAUGUCUCGGUUUUGAUAUUAUACACGUUGUCACGCUAACUUUUGAACCCUUCUUAGUUGUCACAUAUGUACAGACCACCCGCUUUGUCACAAGCAUGGCAGCCUGCUCAACUAUCUCCACUGCCUGCAUACAGCUGUUUCAGAACAGCGCCGAUCAACCCAGGUUUAUGUUUCCUUUCCAAGGGCGUUCGAAUAUAAUUACCAUCCAUCGAUUACAGAUGUUACCAGUACUGAGUGUGUGCCUUAUUAGUUUGUUCUUUAUUACAGAGUUCGGUUGUAGAAGAACGAAACGAAGCACACAUCAGGAAGUCAUGCUCUUUCCAACAACAACAGCAAAAGCGCAUAUAAGAGAACUUGAGGAAGAAGUGAAGCUCCUCAAGAACCUUUCACACCCCAAUAUUGUGAGGUACCUCGGGACUGUCCGUGAGGAAGACACACUGAAUAUCCUGCUGGAGUUUGUUCCUGGAGGGUCUAUCCAGUCGCUUCUUGGAAAACUCGGUUCAUUCCCGGAGGCAGUCAAUAGGAAGUAUACUAGGCAGAUUUUGCAAGGGUUGGAAUAUCUGCAUAGCAAUGCAAUAAUACAUAGAGACAUUAAGGGUGCAAACAUUCUUGUUGAUAACAAAGGCUGCAUUAAGCUUGCCGAUUUUGGGGCAUCUAAGCAAGUUGCCAAGUUGGGUCUGAUGAAGCAAGGUGCAGGACACCUCAGAACCGCCUAUGUUUGUGACAGUGCACUGGGCUCAAGCGACAAUGAGCAGGUGGGAGGAUCGUUCAGCUGACCAAGUGCAGUAUGACGGUGAUCUCUGAACAGUUGCAUGGAGGCUAAUAACAUGUUAGCUCCUUGUAAUAUCUUGGUUGAUGCCAUCUGUCAGAUUUAGCCCACCGAGUCCCUAUUUUGCAUUUACUUUGCUUCUCUAAUGUUCUCUUCGUACUGCAAGGAAGACGCGAGGGUUAGUUGCAUUCCUGCUGCCUUGCUUGAGAUGAAUCCAUUUGGUUCUUUUGCCUUUCAAUUCUGUAACACACCAUCGUAUCUAUUGGUAGGUGUCAUCCUGCUUCUCCUUGCAUGUCUAUUUGUGCGCUUGGGUUGCAGAUCAGGUUACUGACACAUGGGAUCGUACAGUUAUUCUAUGACUCAGGGCCCACCCUGGUGGUCAUUAUAUCUCUGGGUUAAGCAAGCUGAGCAGGUUAUGCAAGCUACUGUGUAAAAUGCGCAUGCAUCACUGCCUAAAAAGGGUCCAGACAGCAACGACAAGUGCUUACUAUGCUCCAUUAGAGAAGCUAAGAAGAUAAUUUAGUUUGGGUGAAUUUAUUAAUUUAUUAAUUAGCUUGAAGAAGAAAAAUAUUUCAGAACAGUGUGGUCAUAGAGUUAUGUUCAGUUUGGUGCUUUGGGUCAUUCUGGAUAAGUGAUUGGGUAGCGGUUGCUGUUUACUCGCAAGGGAUGGAUUGGUGCAAGUGAGUUUAUGAAAGCCUACUAGAACUGUUUGUGGAAGUAGUUGUAUGAACAUGUUGUGUGCAACUGAACUGAUCUGAUUGCUUAUCUUUGGAAAUCUUCACCUGUUGUGUUGUGCAUU